UCAGAAUAAGUCCUGAAUUCGAAACGAAGCUGUCGAAGAAUGUCAGUUUUCAAGUUACUGACUGUUAUUUUAUAAAUAGCAUUAUUUAUGUAAAACAGCUAUAAAAUGAGGGCAGUUCCUACUUGGGUGGAUAAAGUUCACGACAGAGACAAAGUUGAACAAUGGUCAUAAAGAAGCUGUAUAUUGUGUGUGUUACAGUCGAGAUGGGAAGCGAUUUGCUUCAGGAAGUGCGGAUAGAAGUGUUAUUAUAUGGACUUCAAAACUAGAGGGCAUUUUAAAGUAUUCACAUAAUGAUGCAAUACAGUGCUUAUCUUAUAAUCCAGUUUCACAUCAGUUAGCCUCAUGUGCUCUAAGUGAUUUUGGCUUAUGGUCACCGGAACAGAAGAGUGUACAAAAAUAUAAGAUCACCAGUAGAAUUUACAGCUGUGCUUGGACUAAUGAUGGUGUUUAUUUGGCUCUUGGCUUGGCAAAUGGAACUGUGUCCAUUAGGAACAAGGUGGGUGAAGAAAAAAUGCGAAUUGAACGGCCUGGAGGUACCAACUCUCCUGUUUGGUCCUUGGCAUGGAAUCCAGCCAAAGAUGAACCAGUUGAUGUGCUUUGUGUAGCUGACUGGGGACAGAAUCUUUCAUUCUAUUGUUUGAGUGGAAAACAGGUUGGCAAAGAGAGGCCUCUGGGUUUUGAUCCAUGUUGUGUCAGCUAUUUCAGUAAAGGGGAGUAUCUUCUUUUGGGAGGCUCAAACAAGUCAUGCUUGUUAUACACCAGAGAAGGUGUGAAGCUUGGAACUGUUGGAGAACAGGCUUCGUGGGUUUGGUGUUGUGCUGCCAGACCUGACUCCAAUUUUGUUGCACUUGGAUGUCAGGAUGGAACCAUUGCUUACUACCAGCUAAUAUUCUCUACAGUGCAUGGUCUUUACAAAGAGCGCUAUGCAUUCAGAGAAAAUAUGACUGAUGUCAUUAUUCAGCAUUUGAUAACUGAGCAGAAAGUGCGGAUCAAAUGCCGAGAUCUUGUGAAGAAAAUAGCUAUAUACAAGCACCGUUUAGCAGUCCAGCUUCCUGAACGGAUCAUCAUUUAUGAGCUGUAUUCACAAGAUGCAUCAGAUAUGCAUUACAGGGUGCGAGAGAAGAUAAAUCAGCGGCUAGACUGCAAUUUACUUGUUGUUUGUACAAACAAUAUAGUUCUUUGUCAGGAGAAGCGGUUACAGUGUCUUAAUUUUAGUGGUGUCAAGGAACGUGAGUGGCAGAUGGAUUCACUUAUUCGUUACAUCAAAGUGGUUGGUGGCCCACCUAAUAGAGAAGGAUUGUUGCUUGGCUUGAAAAAUGGACAGGUUUUGAAGAUUUUUCUGGACAAUGCAUUUCCUGUUCCAUUGUUGAAAAUUCCGGCAGCCAUACGUUGUCUCGAUCUCAGUGCUUCAAGGAAAAAGUUAGCUGUAGUAGAUGAACAUAGUACACUCCUGGUUUAUGAUGUCAAUACUUCAGAGUUAUUAUUUGAGGAACCAAAUGCCAAUAGUGUAGCAUGGAAUACCAGCUGUGAAGACAUGUUAUGUUUCUCAGGAAAUAAUACCUUAAAUAUUAAAGCAUCAAAUUUUCCAACUCAUCAACAAAAACUGCAGGGAUUUGUUGUAGGGUUCAGUGGCAGCAAAAUAUUCUGUCUACAUAUCUAUAGCAUGUCAACUAUUGAAGUUCCUCAGUCUGCUCCCAUGUACCAGUACUUGGAUAAGAAAUUGUACAAAGAGGCGUAUGAAAUUGCUUGCUUAGGGGUAACUGAUGGUGACUGGGAAACCCUAGCUAAGACUGCUUUAGAAGGCCUUCAGUAUGACAUUGCAAAGAAAGCCUUCACACGCAUCAAAGCUCUGAAAUAUUUAGAGCUGAUUAACUCUAUUGAGGAACGACGGCAUAAAGGAGAAGUUGAUAACACUAUAUUUUUGGGUGAUAUUCUUGCAUAUGAUGGCAAGUUCUCAGAGUCGGCUAAACUGUAUCGUAAGAGUGGUAAUGAUCAACUGGCGAUGAAUAUGUAUACUGAUCUCAGGAUGUUUGAUUUGGCUCAGGAGUUCCUUGGUUCUGAUGAAACAGUAGAUAGAAAACAACUAAUCAAGAAGAAAGCUGAUUGGGCACGAAACAUAAAUGAACCCCGUGCAGCUGCUGAAAUGUAUUUAUCUGCUGGAGAGACAACCAAAGCAAUAGACAUCAUGGGAGAAAAUGGUUGGGUUGACAUGUUAUUGGAUGUUGGCCGCAAAACAGAUAAAGCAGAUCGACAAACUCUAAGUUUAUGUGCCCAACACCUACGUCGUCUUGGAGCAUUGACUCAUGCUGCAGAAAUGUACAAGAAAAUGGGAGAAAUGCAGAGUGUUGUUGAAUUAUAUGUUGAAGUACAAGAUUGGGAGGAAGCUUUUGCUUUAGCGGAGAAACACCCAGAGUAUCGUCAACUAGUUUAUGUUCCAUAUGCUACCUCGCUGGCUGAACAAGACAAAUUUUUGCAAGCACAAAAAGCUUUUCAUAAGGCGGGUAAACCAGAGGAAGCCUUUAGAGUACUUGAGCAACUCACUUUGAAUGCAGUCAAUGAGAAUCGUUUUGAUGAUGCUGGAUACUACUUUUGGAUGCUUUCUAUGCAGUGCCUUGACAUAGCUUCAGAGGAUGAGGAAGAACACGAUGCAAUGAUGGAGAAAUUUCGCAACUACCAAAGGAAGGCUUCAAUGUAUUAUGUUUACCACACAAUACAGCGUUAUAUGGAUGAACCAUUUACAUCUUACAUGCCAGAGGCUCUCUUUAACAUCUCCAGGUUUUUAAUGCAUGAAUUGAUGACGAUGCAACCAGAUGGUGUUUCAAAAUUCUCUACCAUGUAUACUCUAGCCAAGCAAUCACGAAAUCUAGAAGCAUUUAAACUUGCUAGAUAUGUUUUGGAUAAGUUACAAACACUACGUAUUCCACCAAGAUUUCAGGAAGAUGUAGAAUUGGCUGCUCUCAAAAUCCGUGCCAAACCUUUUCAUGACAAUGAAGAGCACCAGCCACUAUGUUACCGUUGCUCAACCACUAAUCCUUUAGUAAACAACAGUGGUAACCAGUGUGUUAACUGUGGGCAUCCCUUUGUUUAUUCUUUUGUGUCAUUUGAGAUUCUUCCAGUGGUUGAAUUUGUUUUAGAGGAGGACGUUACAGAUGAAGAGGGGGUACGUUUGAUUCAGCAGUCUGGAGGAAAUGGCCCAGAUGAUCAGGAAGGUGGAUCAAAAGAAAAUGAUGAUGAUGAUGAUGAUGAUAACAGAUGGAAACAAACUCAUUCUGGAAAUGCCCAGGCUUUGACAUUGGACAGCUCACCUGUACAUGGAAGCAACAAUGAAGAUCCGUUCACUGCUAAUCUUAUGAGCUUUUAUCCUGGCGGUUCUGAGUAUCAACCAGUUCUUCUUAACCGAGCAGCACUAUUAGCUCUUGAACCACAUGACAUUAUUGUCUGUCGCUGGCCGAAGCCUCUGAGGUAUCAAUUCUUUAAGAACAUCAUGCCAGAUGUUCCUAUCACACACUGUACUCACUGUAAUAAGAUGUUCCAUACUGAUGAUUACAUACUUCAGGUACUGCAAAAAGGCCACUGCCCUUUCUGUCGUACACCUUCAACAGAUAUUGGAGACCACAACAUAGAGUGAAGUGUUAAGUAUUAAACAGUGUAAUUUUUUAUAUUUUUGAGUAUGAGUGUAUUAGUUUUGUGGUUUGUAAAAUGUGAUGUACAUGAUUUUAUGCAAGAUGACUUUUGAAAUACAGUACGUAUAUAAUUGUUUGGGCCACGUGUGCUGUUAUUAGUCAUUGUUAUAUUUGUGUAUUAGGUAAUGCUUUCAUGUUUUAUUUAUUUGUACCAUAAAUGAAGAAUAACCUAAUUUCGUACAUUAUGUAAAGAAAGUUAGCACUUUUGUGCAUACUUGCAUACUUAGCUUGUCCUAAAAUGAAAUCUGAUAGCACCCUUUCUUUAUAGCAGGAGAUGAGAGGAGUACGUAUUUGUAACUAAAGUGAGGAUCUUUUUACCGAAUCUGGAAAUAAUCCUUCAGAGAUACAAACUUGGGUAAAAGUCCUGUAAUGAUGCAUGUUUUUAACCACUUCUUUUUCUAAUCUGUUGUUUUCAUAUUCUCUAGCCUCUUGUAAUUGUCAUUGUAUGUGGUUGACAUAAGUGCAACUUCAUAAGAUUGAUGAAUAACUAAGUUUGGAAGACAUGAAUUGUAUCUGUAAUAUAUAGGAUGGCUCACUUGUUUCGGUGAAGUCCCUGUGAUCUCAUUAUGAUAUUUCAUGGUGCAUAGUUAUCUAGUCCGUCCAUUGUUUAGUGAUAUGAAAAAAAUUGUAUGCAGAAAUUAUUUAAGCACAAAUAAAA